AUGUCUGGGGGCUCAAAGAGUGAUGAAUGUGCAACAGCUAAUGGGAAGGUUUAUAUUCCUGAAGUAAGAAAUGAGGAAACACCAGCAGUUGGGAUGAAGUUUGACUCGCUUGACCUCGUUUACAGUUUCUAUAAUAGUUAUGCAUUCUUUGCUGGCUUUGAUUCUACAAAAGUACUCACAAAACAGUUGGGUUCAGUUAAUAUUCCCAUUCAUCAGAAGGUAAGUAUUUUCGAGGUGCAAUCCGGAGGAAUGGAUAAAAUCGGUUUUAUCAAAAAAGAUAUCUACAAUCUUGAAUGUAGUGUGAAUGGGAAGCUGAGGAAUCACGAUGUUGAACUAGUGACCGAGUAUUUUAUGGCUGAACAGAAAAAAAAUGAGGCUUUUUAUUUCAAGAUUGAGGGAGAUGGGCAUGACAGGUUUAGUCGAUGUUUUUGGGCAGAUGCAACUUCUAGACGGGCGUAUGGGUUUUAUGGAGAUGUUGUUGUAUUCGAUACCACAUUCAACACGAAUCGAUACGACUUGACAUUUGCACCAAUGUUGGGAGUUAAUAACCAUGGUCAGACAAUUGUCUUAGCAUGCGCAUUUUUGAGCAAGGAAACGACUGAGUCGUUUGUUUGGAUGUUUGAGGAGUUUAAGAAAGCCAUGCCAGGUGGGGAACCUAAAAUGAUCAUUACAGAUCAAGAUGCGGCAAUGGCCAUAGCGAUUUCAAUAGCCUGCCCGACUACAUUUCAUCGACUUUGCAUAUGGCACAUCACAUCAAAGUUCUCUGUUAAGUUACCACGUGACGCUUAUAAGGAGUAUUGGCGUGAAUUUCAGAAAGCCAUAUGGGAUACUGACAAUAAGGAUGAGUUUGAUGCAAAAUGGAAUAUUGUGGUUACAAAGGCUGGUUUGACUGACCAUCCAUGGCCAAGUUCAAUGUUUGAUUUAAAGGAAUCUUGGGUUCCAGCCUACGCACAACAAUUUUUUGCCGCUGGAAUGUCAAGCAGCCAAAGAGCGGAAGCAUGUUUCCUAGAGCUCAAAACAGACGAUGCUUGUAAAGUUGUCUUUAACGUGAGCGAAAGGAAAAAUUGGGAAACAAGAGUGGCAGAAGUCGUAUAUGUCAAAGACUCUGACCACGCAUCGUGUAGCUGCAAAAGAUUUAAAUUUGUUGGAAUUAUUUGCAAGCACAUCCUAGCAUUGUUCAUAAGGGACCAGAUUGAAUAUAUGCCCGAUAAAUAUAUUUUGAAGAGGUGGAAGAAAACUGCGAAAUCUGGAUUGGUGUCAGAUGCAAAUGGCAACGAAAUUAAAGACUGUGCAGAUCCUGGCCUUCUAAUAAAGCGGAGUACAAUGUCUCGACUUGCUUCAGAUGUGGUUGAGGAUGCAUUAAUGAGUGAAGAAGGAUGUGAGCUACUGUCAGAGACUCUAAAAAGUUUGCAGGUGAAGUUGAAGUUGCUGAAGGAUGGACCAAGUAAUAACGAAGUUGGAGGGUUCAGCUCUCAAACACAAUAUAUGAAAGACCCUAAGAGAGUGAGGUGCAAAGGAAGGUCGAAAGGAGUAACGGGAGCAAAGGAAAAGGCAAUGAAGCGAGGGAUUAGACACUGUUGGGAGUGUGGACGCAUUGGUCAUGAUAGAAGACAAUGCCCAGCCUUGAACACACCGUAA